ACAUUGUUGCAAUGCCAAUGGCAUAUGUAAAUAAUUUUAAUGACGCCACAUCACGUUGUAGAACUUGGAUCAUCGGCUUGUUAAAAGUUAUAUUGAGAUUAAAGUUUCUGUUAUGAGCCAUAUUUGACAACACUGAUGAGAUAUGGAGGCAUUUCUCAGAAAUCAGAUUCUCAACGUGUGUCGUGUGCGCCAUAAUCAGCGUUUUAGAGAGGUCAACUUGAGAGCCCUGCCCAAACAUCCACGCUUUGAAAGACUUAAUGUUGAUGGUGAUAUUAUCAGCUUUAUCCCGAAUGAUGCCAACAAGGUUGGUUUAUACAUGUCUGCUGUGCCAAUCACUGCACAGGACAAUUACUUUGAAGUGGAGAUAAUUGAUACUGGCAUGUUGGGCUGUAUUGGGAUAGGACUUGUACCUUUCCGAUAUAGUUUGGAGGCUCAGCCUGGCUGGAACGCCGGAUCUGUGGGUUAUCAUGCUGAUGAAGGCAAAUUGUUUAAAGCCUGUGGGUUCGGCAAGAUAUUUGGUCCAAAGUGUCAUGCAGGUGAUCGGCUUGGAUGUGGGAUCAAACCCAGUGGGGCUGAAGCGGAAUUAGGUGGAGCCGCCCACACUGCUACGGUCUUCUUCACUCGAAACGGAAGAGAGAUUGGCAGUGUGAAUGUUUCUGUUCCCCCCGGAGGUCUGUACCCAGCGGUAGGGAUGCACUCGGAGGGGGAGGAGGUCCGUCUCAUCCUGGACGCGGAGUGGACGUCCGAGGAGCUCACACAGAUGGCCGUUGACAGCGAGGACGACUGGAACAGACUGCACGAUGUCAAAGUCAAUGGUUCUCUGUUGGAGUAUGCUGGACGUGGGAAGAGUAUUCACGAUGUCGGAUUGGCACAGGCAAAGAUAGCACUGGAUACAACCUGUCACUACUUUGAGUUGGAAAUUAUUGAUCCUGGGGAGAACUGCUACAUUGCUAUUGGAUUAGCAAGAAGGAACUAUCCAAAACAACGGCACCCUGGAUGGAACAAGGGUUCUAUAGCAUAUCAUGCAGAUGAUGGAAAAAUAUUUGUUGGUUCAGGAGUGGGUGAAAAGUUUGGUCCUAAAUGCCAUACAGGUGAUAUCAUGGGAUGUGGAAUUCUUUUCCCAUCGGACUAUGACAGCGAGGCCGACAGUGACUUGUCGCCUGACGAACCGGAAGAUAUUUUUCAGGAAGAUGCUUGGGAAAGUUCAGACGAGGAAGAUGAGGAGCCGUGGCCUCGUGAGGAAGAAAAAGGCACUAAAGUUCAGAUAUUUUUUACAAGAAAUGGUAAGAUACUUGGCAAGCGGAGCAUCUGUAUUCCUAAGGGAGGAUUGUAUCCCACAAUCGGCAUGAUGAGCAGUUACGAGAAAGUUCGGGUUGACCUUCGACCUUUAACGGGAUAACUUCGCGGAGAGACGUUGAUCGUGUUGUGCAAGACAUCGAUACCUCUUUAGAGGAUAUUGGCCGGUUUUAAGUCUGACCUUAUUCUAUACUGUGGCAAAAAAACCUGUGUCUGCUUCCAUUUUACCAUCAGUGUACACCUCAAACCCAGCAUGAUUGCUUUUAGUGCCAACUGUUUUGAAGUAGGUUGUGUUUCUUGGUACUUAUUGCUUUCUCUGAAGAAUGGGAAAGGAAAGUGAUAUGUGUUUGAUGAUCCCUCAGCACAUAUGGUGUCCAGCACAUGGCUGUUCCACCAUUUGGUCUUCAAAAAGGAAGUGUAAUGCCACUUAAUGAGUACCCCUGCUGACGAUUUAUACAGGUUUACAAAAUAUCCUAUCAUACAUGGACCUGGCCUUCAUUCCAUGAAACAAUCUAGCAUUACUAUUGUUAUAAAGACCUGCAAUCAUGACUGUAAUAUUUUUCUACUAUCGCCAGCCUAUUCCACAACGCAGCAUAGUUUCCAAUCGUAAAUUCUGGUAGAAAUUUACAACAUGUCUGAAGCAAUUGUAAGCCACUAAUAUAGAUGUCAAAUAACAGUUUGAUGAAUUAUUUAAUGAUCUAUGAAUAAACUUGUUUGUGAUAAAAAUUUAUCUAAUUUAUAUAAUAUACUCCGUAUUCAAUAAAAAAAUGUUUUAUGAUAAGAAUAUAUUGGAGGUAACUCAUGUAUUAUGCUUUCGUCAAUUAUUGCUUCGGAAAUAAAUUGGUGAAGUUACAUGUGGCUUUUCCGUACCAAUGAAGACACCUGAAAUGUUCUGAAUAAUCUGUAACUAAUGUAUUUUUAAAAAAUGUCCAUUUGUUAGAGAGACUUGUACAACUACCGUAAGAUUGCUUGUGCCAGCUGUAAAACACACCAUACGUUACUACAAUCUGCCUUAGCUACGAUUCUUUCUUGGAAUGGGGUCCUGAACAUGGACAAAAUAAUAUGUAUAUGAAUGCUGUUAUUUUUUGUGCAAAAAUGUUGAUAAUGCAUGUAUGAAAUCGAAUACAUAUUAUAUAGUAGAGGGAGGGAAAUACAGUUUAUUCCCAUACCAAUCAUCUAGAGAACUAAACUAUAAUAACUGGAUUUUAUUUGAAUUUUAACUGUUAGUAGACCCACCCGGCACAAAAGCUUCUCUUAAAAAUCAAUAUUAUUACAUGCAUGCACGCACACAUACAUAUACCACACACACUCGCACAGAGAGAAAAUAAAAAGACACACCACUACCACCCCAAUAUAAUCUUUUUUGAAACAACUCUUUAUUUUUUGGUUAUUUAUUUUUGAAAGUUUUCCUGUGUUUUGACAUGUUUUACAUGAAAGGUUGUAUCCAUGUUUGUAUUCAGACUACCUUUCUUAACGUGUUGUACAGUUUGUGCUUUGUUUGCACUGUGUAUGUGAAAAAUGUUUGUUAUGAAUUUUACCACCAGUCAAAAACAAAAAAAAGUGAGAUUGAAUAUCAUACUAAUAUCCCAUGUGAAAUUUGACAAGAAUCAACCCACAUAACUAUUUACCUGAUUUGCACCGAUAUUCUUUAAUUUAUACUGUGUAAAAUUACGGCAAUAUGUAUUGUUUAGACUGUGAAGAGUCGUAUUAAAACAUGAAUCCUCACAGUAAUCACCUUCACUGGCUAACAGUGUGUAGAUAGUGAUGUUACAUCUUUUAAAUUCUUCUUAUAUGAGCUACAUUUGAGUGAUUUGUACAAGCUAAGAAGAACAAAAAUCUACUAGUUACAAGUUACGGGCCAGUAUCAAAUUUACCAUACUUCAAAAAAAAAAACUGAUAAUAAAAAACUUGGGUGGUGAUAGGUAAUGAAAAUGACUUUACAAACUUCAAUAAAGCAUUUCAGAUUGGAUGUACAUGAGACUUGCUCACAGCUUGUUUGGCUGCCAGGUAGAAAGUGUAAUGGCAAAUGCAUAAAUAAUCCAAGAUUGUUGGACUUUUUAACAUUUAAAAUUUUUUUUUUUUUACUAAGCAGGGCACCUGCCUUGAAACUGCAUGGUUCACGUGAAACUCCUUUUUUAUGUUAACACUUUUUAUGUUUCAUUAGGGUUGGGAGGGUAUACAUUAUUUUGCAAUCUGGCUUCGGAUAACCGUGCCACCAAAAUGUAAACUGAGCAUUCUAGACCUUGGUCGAGCUCUGUCAUGUCUGAAUGAUAGCAUAUUCAUGAGAUAAGUAGCGUGAUGUCUGCAAGUGAGCCAUUCCGUCAUCCAUACUACUGGCAGAAUGAAUGGCCUACUCCUCUCAAACGCAGUGCCGUAUGGCCCGUAACUUCUUGUGACUAGUACAUUUGUAAUUCCAGAUUUUAGUGCCACUGAAAAACUGUUUUUAUACUUGUUCUCUAGUCAAAAGCUCAGCUGUGUAUUCGAAAAUCUGCAUUCGCGAACGUUCAGACCCCUCUAACUACUAGUAAACUUCUCUAAUUGUCAUGUAUAUUUAUUACAAAAUAAUUUUGUUUUGAUAUAUUAUAUGUUUAUGAUGUUUAUGAUAAAACAAUAUGAAAUGAAACAGUUGUUUUUAUUACCGUGUUUGCAUAUGAACAGAAUGAAUGUACGUAAAUAUGUUAUUUGAAUGUUUAACGCCUACCGCACAUGAGAGUUACUAGCAGAGCAAAACGUUACUUGACACUUUUUGCACAGCUGAUAAGUCUCACAUGCAGGAGAUUUACUGUUUUUUGCCUCGCAUGGUCAUGAGGAAAAUGUCUAUUGUAUUUGAUAUUUUUGGCCUGUUGUAGCAAAAAUCCAACUGUGUGUUGGCAACAUGAACUAUCACCUGAGCUAAAUUCCCCUACUGACCAGUGAAAACAGGAAAAUAACGUUAGAGUGAUGUCAUGUGACAGUCAAUAAGGAAAGUAGCUCUGCCUUUAGAAAAAGUCUGUGUACCACCUGUAAAUCCAAAGCUAGGCCCCUGUAAAAUAUUGUUUUCAUUGCAUUAUCCAGGACAAUGUCUUUCGAAUUUUAAAAAAUGAUUGUUAACAUUUGUAUACAACUGUUACUCCCGGUAUUUUGUGUUUAUUCAUCUUAAUAGACGAGCAAUAUUAACAUCAUUUUUUAAAUUGUUUGUUCAGAACCUUUCAUUAACGUUGGCAGUCCCAAGUACUGGUGUAUAUCAUUUCUCCAAACCUAGACUGCCAAAUGUGACCCUUGUUAGUUCUUGUAAUCUCAAUAACAACCCCAGUUCUAUAUUAAGUGGACAUGACACUAAUGGAUUUUGAUCUGAAAUGUUUUACAUAGCACUAUUUCCAGAACUAACACUACAUGAUGCAUACCGAUAGCAAUAAAAAUCAGCUUCACAUUUCAGCGUUUUACAGAACAGCUAGUAUGGGAUUAACAUGCUGAAUAUAUAGACGGUAGGACAUACAACUAUCAAGGUUAUUUAUUAAUAAAUAAUUUUGACUUGACACGAGCAAGCUUUAGCGAGUGACUAAUACCAAAAAUCAUUUUAUGAGGACAUACAUUUGAUAAUAUCUGGUACAAAAUUUAUUACCCAAUUGAUCACCCCAGCUAUUUUUGAUACUUUUCUUUUAAAAAAUGUCCUGGCGAUCACAUAUUGGUAUACCUAAGGCAUGACAAACUUGUUACGUGUUUCUGAAAUUCCAGACAUUAAUGCCACAGGACAAAUCAGAUGGCCCUUGUUCUUUGUAGAAAAGACCAUAUUACAAAAUCCUACUUUUCAAGAAUGCUAAAUUUUCAGAUUUGUUUUUGUCCAAUGGCAUUUUCAUGUGAUACUUCCACACAUAAAAUAAAUCACUGAAAAGAAUAACUUGAAAAAAAGUACUGUAGAAAAGUCCCAAAUUGGGGAAAAAGGAAACGACAUGUUUAUUAAUUCUAUUACAGUGCAUUUCGGUAGAAAUCAAGCUGCCUUCCUCAGGAAUAGUUUAUUGUAAUGGAAUUACAGACUAGUUGUAAAAAUAACAUAUAUAACUAACUGCCUGGUCCCUGAAUGCUUUAGCAUUUAUACAACUAUUGAAAAAUUAUUGCAGAUAACUGUACCAGUUAGUAUAUUAAUACAGUACUGGUAUAUUAAUACAUGUACAUAUAUGUCCAUCUGUGAUAAAAGUAGUGAUUGUGUAAUGUGUGAGGAUAUAAGUUUUCAGUACUUAAUUAUCCAGUCAUGUUGGCCAGCAAUUAUUAAUUAAUGUUAUGACUAUAGUUUUAACCCACAAUAUAAGGCUUUAUGGGUAAUCCAUAGUGUAUAAUUUUUUUAAUUAUUUAUAGCUUUUGAGAUGAGUUGUGUUGUGUUAGAGACAGCUGGGUGAAGGCAAUAGGAUGCCCCCACACCCACCCACCCACCCCUCCCAAAAAGGGAAAAACUAAAUUUAAAUAAAUUAUCUGGAUGGUGGGCUAGAUCAUGGAUGAAAAGUCUUGAACAGAACACAAGUUGUAUGAUCAUAAAAAUUAUUUAAACAAUGGGUUGCCAAUUAAUGGUAUGCAAUUAAUAUUAUUUUUAAAAGUGUUAUCAAGAAAUGACUUUGCUUAUGCUGUUAAGAGGUUGUAGCUUUAUCUUCUUUUUUUUUACUGCUGUAUAACAUGUUAAGUUGUAAUUACGUACACAUUUCCACUGAUCUUUGAUAAUAUGUACUUAUGCUUAAGACAAUAUACAAUGUUUUUUUAGCAGGAAACAAAAAAUUAUUUACUGUAAGAGAGAAUUGUUAUGAAAUGGGAGUAAAAUUAUUAUUGGAAUUUAAAAUUUAUGUUUAAUAACAUAUUGUUUUCCCUAGCUUCUAUUCUAGUGCCAUCUUGCCUUAAUAAGCGCCCUGAGAUUAAACGAGCCUUUUUCAAUAAUUAAUUCUAAAAUUGCCUUUAUAAAACACUAAACAAAAAUAUAUGAUUAAUUAAUAAAAUGUUCCUGUUCUUUAUUUUGCAGUUCAUCUAUUAAAGCAAGCACAUUAAUUACAUUUAUUUUCAUUUCAAUUAAUUUUUCUUUUGUCGUUAAUGAAAAAAAACCAGGACCUGGAAAUAGUGAAAAUGCGUCAAAAGUGUCUAGUCUACCAUGCCUUGCCAAAUGUCUAGGGAAAACGCUAGAUACAUAUACAUGCAUGUCAUUAUUGAGCUUUUGGGAUAAAAACAAAGUGACCAUAUAAUUGAUAUAAUGUAGAUGUACAUGUAUAUGGCUUAUUGAUGGGGAGGUGGUGUUUUGUCUGCCUAAAAAUGUCUUCAUUUAAAAAACAAACAGUACAUAAUUGUAUAUUGCAGACCACUUCCAACCUUUUUUAAUAUGUAAAAUCAGUUUAAAUUAAAGUAAUAGAAAGAUGCCUAAAUUUUGUUGUUUAUCUUAUUUUACAUUUAAUGUACCCCAAAUGCCGUAAUAAGACGUAAAAAGCCUUGAUCAUGGAUCAUGUUCUUAGUUGCAUUACCAGUGUUACAUAACUGAUAAUAAUGCAUGUAGCAAUCCUUGAAGUGAUUUGUUGUAAAUGUGUCUUCCUGGACCCCUCCAUUUAUCGUUUAUGUGGGAAGUGGUACCAGUGUUGAAAGAAUGAAAUGUGGUUUGUCUUUCAAUGUCUCAAAAUGGCAAGAUAAACAAGUUUAUAUAGGUCUGAAUUUACACAGCCUGUUUUUGACUUACACAAGUGUAACUUCAUGUAUUUUCAAUGCUUAAUCACCUGUGUUUAAGAAAACCAGGCUUUGUAAAUGCGGCCCAUAUUAUUUUGGAGUGGGGGUGUUUGUGUUAACACUUUACUUGGGGGAAAAACCUACCUUGAUAUUGGAUGUCAACAUACCAAGAGUAGUUGAGCUAAUUAAAUGUUAAAGAUUAAAAGGGGGUGGGGGGGGGGGGGGGGUCAGGGCUAAUGAAUAACUUUUGCUAUAACAACUCUAUAUGUUUUGUUAUUCCAACAGGGUUUUUUUUUUUAAUGUAGGCAGGAUGUGAUUGAUACCUAUUUUAAAAUAAAAGCUGAAAUGAUGUUUAAAAAGCUGAAAACUUUAUACUGUAUCUAAAUAAAUUCAUUUUUCACAACUUCACAUCAAAUCCAGUCUACAUUGUAAAAAAUAAUUUUACCAAAAAAGAAGCUGAAAUCAGAUGAAACAUCACAUCCCUCAUGUAGAUAUUAAAAGAAAACCCACCCCAUAAUAUUCAUCAUAAAUAUUGUGCAUGUAAAAUUACAAAAUCAUUCAUUUCUACCAGUGAUUUUCUUUUAUAUUAUAUAUCAAUGUUAAAUCAUGAUUUUGUUGUUGAUAUUUGACUGCAAUGUCCAAUGAAUUUGCUUGUAUUUCUGUUGAAGUUAACUUACUGCUUUCACAUUCUGCUUGUGUUGACAUUUCUAAAUUUGUUUUUAUUAUCUUUUGUGAAAGUUGCACUUUAUUUGCUAUUUAUAUGUACACCGGUUGUCUGCUGGGUGCAGACAUUGUUUGUUUGUGCAAAAUAAAUGCUCUAUGAUAUUUCUGUCGUGGGAAAUAAAUUUCUUUUGAACUUAAA